GAAAAUACCUGUAACCGGAAGUUGUUAAAUAUAUGUGAACGUUUUCUUGUAAGUGGAAAAGUGAAUUGAAUGUAUAUGCACUAUUUACAUUGUUUACAACACCCAAAAACGAUUUGUUUCACGAUUUAAAAAGAUAAAUGGCAACCAGAAGAUCCAGGAUUCAGAUUAAACCAAAUAUUGGUGGUAAAACCUCUUCUGGUUUAAAACGUGGACAAGGUAAUGAAGAGAAGAAAGGAACCAGUGUUCAAAUAAGUGCUGAGCUUGCAGCAGGAGCUGCAACUGCUGUUGGUUUGAAAAAAGGUAUCAGUCCAACAAAAGACCUAGGAAGGUCAACAGAAGUUCCUAGAAAGUCAUCAGGCAAAGUUGGUAUAGUGGUAUCAUCUCCAAGUAGAAGGGGAGAUAACAAAGGAAACACAAAUCAACAGGAUGACAAAAACUCGGCACAAAAAUCAAGUUCUUGUGUGACUAAACCAGCCUUUACAAGACUCAAAAAUCUAGGAUUGAUUGUUGGAUCACAGGAAAUUGUACACAGGAGUGAAUCUAAAGAGGAAGAAAAUGACAGCUCAGAGGAAAAUAAGGAUGUUAGGCCAAAGAUGGUUGAGCAAAAUAAAGAAAAAAGUCCAAGUAGUAAAAGUUCUCAAAGCUCUGUACAAAAUAAACCUGGUACUUUUACAAAGAGAUUUAAUUGUAAUGUCCCUAAACCUAAAACACAACUGCCAUGUUCUAGUCCUGUAGAUAAGAUUAGUCUAAAUAAAAGUUUGAUCCUCUCACCACAAACAGAAACAUCAGUUGAAGAUGAAAAUGUUGAGAAAAAGAUAGUUGAUUCUCAUGAACCAGAGAAAAAAAUAGAAAAUGUUAACAACCAGAUCCAAGAUGGUUCAGAAUCUAGUCCAAAACCUUCAGUCAUACAACGUCUACCUUUUAGAUCAAGAUUUCCGAAAGCAAAACCAAAUAUUGAAGCUCUCAAACUGAGAAAUAAAAAUAUAAAUCUGUCUGGAAGUAAAGAAGAUAUUUCAACUAGACCUUCAUCACCACUUAAAUCACCACGACUAGGAAAAAUUCUGCCUCCUAUAAAGUUUAUAAACCAUCAUGCUCAGAAACCAGUCAGUCCAGUGGAAGUAGACAAAUCUCAGGAUACCAGUUCAGAAAUUAAUGUUCAAACAGAUGGAGCUAUAGAGGCCAGGAAAAGACAUUAUAGUAACAGUUCUAUCAGUACUGUACACAGUGAUACACAGGGAUUGUUGAAGAAUAACAAACAGAAGAACGGAUUCACUGAUGAGGAUGCACCAAUAAAUAAAAACACCAUGACUAUGGGGGAUCUUAUAUACUGGAAUCCUGGCAAAAAUCAAAUGGCAACCAUCAUUGAAACACCAAAGAAGAAAGCAAAAAUAAUAGUAGAGAAAGAAAAUGUAAAUAUUGAAGAAGAAGAAGAAAAACCCCAAGAAUCAGAAGAAGCUGAUGUGAUGGAUAGUAAAGACCCAGAUAUGCCUGUACCUCAAGUGAAAAUAGGACCGGAUGGAAACAUUAUAAUUAAUGAAGAAAGUUUGAUUAUAAAGAAAAAAGAUGAAUCGCCUGUGUCUGAACUGAUAGAAGAAACAGGGAGUACAGCUACAUAUAAUAGCUUCAGAAAACCACUGAGUAGAAUUGCCUGGUCUGAAUGGGAAACAGAGAAGUUUUAUAGAGCAUUGAGUUAUAUAGGGACAGAUUUCUCACUGAUGGUCAAACUAUUCAAAAGAAGAACAAGAUAUGACAUUAAGACCAAGUUUAAAAGAGAAGAUAAGCUAAACAGAAACAAAGUGGAACUGGCUCUCAAGAACAAAAAGCCAUUUGAUAUGUCAUUCUUUGUAAAAGAAGAAAAACUGGAUGCGAUUGAAACAGAAAGGAAGAAGAAAGAAGAUGAAGAAAAGUUGAAGAAAACUAAAGAAAUGAGACAGGAAAAGAAGAGAGAGAAAAAUGCACAGAAAGAGAAACAUAAGGAGAAAGAAGAAAAACAAACAGCAAGGAAAAGUACAAGACCAAGAAAAAAUAUCUAUUAUGAUUACGAGGAUGCUACAGAAGGAGACGUGUCUGAGAUAGAAUCAACACCACCCACACCUGUUAAAACACCUAUAAGAAUUCCAUUCAAGCGAUAUGAAAAUGCUCCUUUUGUUCCACCAUUUUGUUUAUCACAAGAUGAAGAUGAUGACAGUGAUAUUAUGGAAUUACAGGUCACUAUGAGUGAUUCAGAAAUCUUGUCACCACAGAAACAGCCAAGGUCAGAGGUCAGUUCACAAAUGGAGAGAUCUGUUAGUAUUAAUCCUGCUUCAUUUGCUUCCAAAAUCAACUCUGAGAUGGAGGGAUCAAUAGCCAUUAAUCCUGCUGAAUUCCCACCAAAUGCCAAUGUGCAGAUCACCCAUGAUGCGAAUAAUUCACCAUUGGUUCUUGUCUAUCACACUCCUGAGGACGGCAAAGGAGAAACUGUAAUUCAUGUUUACCAACUUCAAAAUCAACCAAUUGGAAAUCUACAAAUUCCAUUGGAUGGGGCAUCAAAUAUUGUGGAAUUACCAAGCAAUCUGCAGUCAACUGCUGGUACUAGCUCAGCCAAUGGCAAGUCAUUUUGUAUUCAGGCACAAACAGAUGAGCCAAUGGAAGAACAGGAGACUGGUGACAAUCUUCCCUUUAUAAUUGCUACAGGGGAAGAUAACCCACAAUCAUUACUACUACCUCAGGGUAUGAACCAGGAACCAUCAUCAGAACAUGACAAUGAGGAUUAUAUAAAUAUUAUUGACAUUAAUGCCAGUAAAAUUCCAACACCAGGAAAGAAUUUAGAAUCUAGAGAACAAACUGAUUCAGACAAUUCUACAUAUCAGGUGGUCACUGUAAAUCAAGACAAUGACCUUGACAAUGACAAUUCAAGGUCAUCUCCAGGUGUUAGCAUUGACAAUGAAUUUGUGGCUUCUGAUGUUGAUCAGAAAUAUAUUGAACAUGAAGACAAAGGAACAAGGAAAGGAAAGAGAUGAUGUUAUAUACAAAUUAUUUUUACUUUGAGCAUUAAGAUUUUUUAACAGAAACACUUCACAAAAAUUUGGAAUUUUGAUUACAGCUUUGUCCUAAACAUAAAAGCAAUGUAUUGAAGAUAAAGUAUUUAUAAAAUUAAAACUUACAAGAAAAAUCUUUUAAUGUUCACCACACAUAAUGCAGAUGAGCUACGUUAUCCUGUUUUUAUAUUUCUCAGACACAUAAAAUCUCUGUAGAAUAUCUUGUCAUUAUUGUACAUCCUAGAGAGUAAUAAAAACCUAUUCUGUAACUACCAAAUGUACAAAAUAUACUUAGGUCAGUUGUUUCUAAAUUCUUGUAUUUACUACCUCUAUUUAAAAUAAGGAAAGCUUAUUUACUUGUUGAUAUCAGUGAUAACAAUAUUCGAUACAAAUUUCUCCCUUUACUAUAGAUUUUUUUUUACUUCUUCCAAAUUCCUGUAUACAGUAUAAACUAUAUGAUAAGAGGAAUAGAAUUGUGACAUUAGAUAAGCUUACUUGUUUAUUCUUAUUAA